UGAUUGGUCCACGUGUACAGGGAUCUUUCAACUCCUGUAAAAUCUAGCCGUUUGCCCUAACCUCUCUUUCCCUUUACCCGACUUUCUGUUUUCCGCCAUUGCAGUGUCCAAAAAGAAAAAUCAAGAAAAGAAAGCAUGGGGAAACUCAUCUGCGACUCAACAACGUCGUCGCCGGUGAUUCCAUGGCGGGAUCCUACCUCUACUGCGUCAUCUAUCGACAUUGUUGACCAGUCAUCUCCGGUGAUCAACACCAUCGCCGUCGCUGACACCUCUUCGUGGGAGAAUGUUUCAUCUUUAGAGGAACAGCAGAGAAAGCAUUUGAUAAAGAUUCAGUCCAAGGGAGUGCUGUGGAAACAUCCCCGGGAUCAGAACGCUUCCAUAGUUUUCCGGCUGAGCCACGGCGGAGAAGUCGAGGCAGACGGAAACUGUCUUUUUACGGCUUGUGGGAAAUCAAUGGGGCUGAAGACGGUGUCGUACGCCAGAGAUCUGAGACGGCGGACAGUGCGGAGGUUCUUGGAAGAUCUUGGAUCGGAGAAAGAAGUGAUUGAAUCGGCGAUUAAGCACAUGUAUUCUCCCGAUCUGAAAUCUGGCUGGGGCAUUCAUGUGGUUCAAGAGUUGAAGCUGCUAGCUAAGAAGGACGAUCGAGAGGUUCUGGAAUCGGCUAUUUCCGAGCUUGUUCACCUCGGCAUGCAGCGAGAAUUAGCUGCUGAGUCUAUAUACAAAGAGAGGUGCAUAGCUGUGAAUGAUGGCCCAAGUUGGGCCAAGUACAUGUCAAUCUCUGGCUCACCUGAUGAUGAAUAUGAUAUCAUCACUUUGCAGUAUACCGAGGAGGGUUUAUUAACUGUAGAUGAGAAUAGUGAUGGUCAUGCCGCUGCAUUUGGAGAUGAUAUAGCGAUUGAGUGUCUUGCAACCGAGUUUAAAAGAGAGAUCUUUGUGGUGCAAGCACAUGGAUCCGAUGCAAUGGUUGAUGAAGAAAAUUGUGUCUUCUUUCUCCCACAUCGUCCAAAAUGUGAAAUAUGCGAACCUCCUUUCUUCCUUUUCAUGAAAGGAACAGGAGGCAAGGGUGGAAACAGCCUCUGGCAGAAAUGCAAGGUUGGUGUGGUGCUGGGGCUGAUCAUUAUGAGCCUCUUAUUGCUUCUCCUUCAGCUUAUGUUUCCCAGGAAAAGGUAGCAUUGGUACUGUAGGUAUUCUCGUGAUAAGAGAGGUAGUAGUAGUAGUUAUUCAAAGAGAAUUGUUUCUCCCCAGGAUAUUUGGUUUUCAAUUGGAAAGAUGUUCCCGAUUCUUUUCUAGGUUUAAGGAGGAAGAUGUCCAAUUGGGACAUCAAAUUUUUGUUGAGGGUAUGUAGGAUUUGGUCUAUUUCGAAGUCCAUCAGGCUUUUAGUUUGGUUAUAUUUUGUUGUGUUGCCGGGUCUUGUUGUUGUGCAUUUUUUUGAGGCUAGUUAUAGUGUGCUGCUGCGGGUACUAUUCUUUUGAGAGAUGGAAUAGUACACAUAUUCUUUUGAGAGAUGGAAUAGUACACUUAUUUUGUUGUAACUCAUGCUGAAUUCCAAUCUUAACAAGGAAAUGGCUUCUCUCUUCAUUGGAGAUGCAUAUUUGCUGUCA